UUGUCUGUUUAUACCAAGCCAUUCUCUGUUGUUGGUUAUCUCGUUUUGAUUCUAUUUUCCCUCGACUAUCUGGCUUACCUGCUCUAGUCUGUUUUCAUAAUUGCCUAACCUUUGCCUAUCUCCAUUUUUUAUCUUUGCCCUAUACUUUAGAUUGUUGUAUUCUCAUUAAAGCUGCCAUACCUGCAUUUGCUUCUGUCUCAGCCUCCAUUACAUGACAUUAAGAAACAUUGAAUGCAGCUAUGAUGUAGGGUAAUUGAUUUGAUGCAAUCUAAAGCUGACAAAGUGAGACAUGGAAGAAUACAGCCCAUUUGACAGGACAGGCUUAUCAGCUUUCUUUGGCCUAUUCAUAAUUUAUCACUUGUGCCUGAGCAGUCACUGACAUUCUCUUUUUCUCUUUCUUCUCUCCUCUACUCUCAUUUGGCCUUCUGGACGCAAACAUGCCGCACAUAACGAUACCAUCUAACACUAAAAGUUAUAGAGGGACUACUGUUGCUUUGAUUCAACGUGUCGAGUCAUGAGUUUUUGAAAUGUUUGCAGCAGCCACCAAGAACUUUGUGAAGCAGGUCGGGGAUACCGGCCGGCUGAUUCCCGUCCCGAGCCUUAGCGAGGCCGACCGAUAUCAGCCUCUCAGCCUGGUGACCAGGAAAAGGAGGAGGUAUUUCUGGAAAAAGAACAAAUAUGGCUCGACACCAUUCUCGCUCAAGGACAUACUUGUGGGAGAAAAGGAGAUCACUGCAGGAGUGUCCUCUUACCAGCUUCUCAACUAUGAAGACAAGUCAGACGUGUCUUUAAACGGCCGUCUGGGCAACCACCUGAUUCACGAAGUGGGCGUCAACAUCAGUGGUUCGGACUCCGUGGCGGUCAAAGCGUCCUUUGGGGUUGUGACCAAACAUGAGGUGGAGGUUCCGACCUUACUACGGGAGCUGAACUCGAGAAAAGUGGACCUGGAUCACUGUCUGAUCCGUCAGUCUAAGGACAGUGGGCGGACCGUAUUGUGCGUCGUCAUGGAGAGUAUUCGCACCACACGACAGUGUUCUCUCACUGUCCAUGCUGGCAUGCACGGUGCUACCAUGCGGUUUCAGAUAGAUGACAUCCAUAAUCCCAGAGGCCGUGACAAAUCCAUUGUAAUUCCCGCCCACACUACCAUAGCCUUCAGCAUCUUUGACCUUUACGUGCGACUUGAUGGACGUCUCGAUAUCUGUGUAGCACCGGAGUCUGUUGGAGGCUUUGAGAAAGAACAGAUGCGUGAGCAGCUCGGAGGAUUCAUUGGCAGGUUUUCGGUCGGCAGGCUGCGAAGGUUCCUCUCAGGAAUCAUUUAUGGGAACCCCUUCAGAGCAGACGACAGAACCUUCGAAGAGCUUACACACUCUGACCUGUACAUGGACGACGUGGUGGAUUACUAUGAGAAGGCGGCCAGCAUGACUGACCUGUCCACAUCAUACCUGCGUGAAGACAAGCACACCCGAGUUAACCUGCUCAACCAUAACAUCCCCAAAGGCCUGUGUGCUCUCUGCAGCAAGUCCCACCAGCGCCGAGAGACCGUCUACGGCUGCCUCGAGUGCUCCUCUGGUGGGCAGAAGUAUGUGCGCCUACAUGCUGUGCCAUGCUUUGACCUGUGGCACAAAAGCUUACGGUGAGGACUCCAUGUGCUGAAGAAUUACAGAAUGUGGAUACAGAUUAUAUUUUGAAAAGAUCUAGGGUUAGGACAGCACCAGGGAUCUGGUACUUAAAUAUUCCACGUGUGUCUUCAGUUCAAUUCAAUUCAAGUCGUGUAACAUUUUUAACAAGCAUUACAGAAAUUCAGAUCCCUAAUCAACAAGCCAGAGGUUCCUUCACAGAAACCUGGUGAGGAAUUGGACUCAAAAUGGAACCCGUCAUAUUCUGGGUGACACCGGAUAGUGGGAUUAUAAAUCAUUACUGUAUACAAGUGUAGAAGAGGAAAGACAGACAGUACAGCGUGUGUUUAUAGGAUGUUCAUUAUGUAGUAGAUGAGCGCAGGACAGGCUAUGAUUACAGCAGCAGCUCUUGGGUACAAAUCUACAGUAUCCAGCUGAGAUUAAACACUGACAAAGGCAAGACUUGGGCAUAAAAGCAGAAAAAGUUUGUCUUCUCGAAAUGGUUUUCAAUGGAGCUUCACUAUUACAUCUAGCUCAGGAUUAUGGCAUCAGCCUGAUAAAGAUAACCCUACAUAACUGCCAUUUAUAACAGUCUGUUCUUCAUCUUUCAGGAUGAAAGGUCUUAAUUAGAACUUGUUAUUAGAACAACGGUGCUUAUCAUAUUGUUUACACACCAGUCCAGAUCUUUCUCAGAUAUCGCAUGCAAGACAGCAGAUCCUCUUACACUCCCAUGAUCACCAGCUGCUGAACUCUCCAUCACCCACACACACAGGAGUGUGAAUAAUUAAGAUGGUGAUAAAUUAACCAGUGGACCGUAUGAGGGUAGAGCAGGAAGUGGGCGGUCUUAUUUCAGGUGAGAACUGGGUUGUGUUUUUGUUUCCACUCCGAAUUCAGGGCAGGUUUAACAGUGAAAGCCCAAACAGGGGAAAGGUUACUGAAGUGAGCAGCAGAGACCCAUUACCUGCAUCAAGCAGAGCCGUUUGGGUGUGUGAGAAAUCUUGUGUACAACUACACUUGUAAUCAAAUUGCUGAUGUAUAGCCUAGGAAUGAACCACUUUAGGACAUCCUGUUAUAGGAAAAUAAUGAACAUUGUUGUUGAUUACUUUCCUAUAACAUCAUGACACAAAAUAUUUUAUUCCUUACAGAACAAACUUUAAUAGUGUGACCUCUAGAGAUGUAAAAUUCGCAUAAAUGUACACUUUUCCUCGUGUCUGAAUUAAGUGGUUCUUUCUGUUUUGUUUUUGGAAUAAUACUUCAUUGCUGAAAA